CCAUGGUAGAUGGAGUGAUGAUCCUUCCUGUGCUAAUGAUGAUGGCUUUUCCUUCCCCGAGUAUGGAAGAUGAGAAUCCCAAAGUCAACCAGAAACUUUACAUGUGUGUGUGUGAGGGCCUCUCCUGCGGGAAUGAGGACCACUGUGAAGGCCAACAGUGUUUUUCCUCUCUGAGCAUCAACGACGGCUUCCACGUCUACCAAAAGGGCUGCUUUCAGGUUUAUGAGCAGGGGAAGAUGACGUGUAAGACCCCGCCGUCACCUGGCCAAGCUGUGGAAUGCUGCCAAGGGGACUGGUGCAACAGGAACAUCACGGCCCAGCUGCCCACUAAAGGGAAGUCCUUCCCUGGAUCACAGAAUUUCCACCUGGAAGUCGGACUUAUCAUCCUCUCAGUGGUGUUUGCAAUAUGUCUUUUGGCUUGCCUCCUGGGAGUUGCCCUCAGGAAGUUUAAAAGACGCAAUCAAGAACGCCUCAACCCCAGAGAUGUGGAAUACGGUACCAUUGAAGGCCUCAUCACCACCAACGUAGGAGACAGCACCCUAGCGGAACUACUGGAUCACUCCUGCACUUCAGGAAGUGGCUCUGGCCUUCCUUUUCUGGUACAGAGAACUGUGGCUCGCCAGAUUACCCUGCUGGAGUGUGUCGGGAAGGGCCGGUAUGGAGAAGUGUGGAGGGGCAGCUGGCAAGGUGAAAAUGUUGCCGUUAAGAUCUUCUCUUCCCGAGAUGAGAAGUCAUGGUUCAGGGAAACAGAGCUGUACAACACUGUGAUGCUGAGGCAUGAAAAUAUUUUAGGUUUCAUCGCUUCAGACAUGACAUCCAGACACUCCAGCACCCAGCUGUGGCUGAUCACACAUUACCACGAAAUGGGGUCGUUGUAUGACUACCUUCAGCUCACUACCCUGGAUACAGUCAGCUGCCUUCGGAUAGUGCUGUCCAUAGCUAGUGGUCUGGCGCAUUUGCACAUAGAGAUCUUUGGGACGCAAGGGAAGUCCGCCAUCGCCCAUCGAGAUCUAAAGAGCAAGAACAUCCUGGUGAAGAAGAAUGGACAGUGCUGCAUAGCAGACUUGGGCCUAGCAGUUAUGCAUUCCCAGAGCACCAAUCAGCUCGAUGUGGGGAACAACCCCCGUGUGGGGACCAAGCGCUAUAUGGCUCCCGAGGUUCUCGAUGAAACCAUCCAAGUGGACUGCUUUGAUUCUUACAAGAGGGUUGAUAUUUGGGCCUUUGGCCUCGUUCUGUGGGAAGUGGCCAGGCGCAUGGUGAGCAAUGGUAUAGUAGAAGAUUACAAGCCACCAUUCUAUGACGUUGUUCCCAAUGACCCAAGUUUUGAAGAUAUGAGGAAAGUUGUCUGUGUGGAUCAACAGAGGCCAAACAUACCCAACAGAUGGUUCUCAGACCCAACAUUAACUUCUCUGGCGAAGCUGAUGAAAGAAUGCUGGUAUCAGAAUCCAUCUGCAAGGCUCACAGCUCUGCGUAUCAAAAAGACUUUGACCAAAAUCGAUAAUUCCCUAGACAAAUUAAAAACUGACUGUUGACAUUUUCACCGGUGUCAAGAAGGAAGAGUCGACACUGUCGGUGUCCAGCUGGGACCUAACGCUGGCCCGACCGGUUGUCAGAACGGAACCCAUCCGUCUCCCCUCCCGAAGUGGCCGCUUUGACAAAAGCAGAUGUCUGUCCCAGCCAUGUUCCGGGGGAGACACCCAAACCACCCUAACCUCACUCAGAAACUGUGACCUGCGCACUCGGCAAACUGUUCACGCCGCAGAGACUAA